UCAACAUCAAGUGCCGAGUGUUCGUUCUUGCUAGGCUAAUUAUGUACUUAUAUGGACCACUCCCCUGGCCUCCUAGUCGGUGAUUGCGCUUCAGAGCGCCGAAGCCACGCAGGUCAGCAGGACCUUCAAGGCUCCUCACUCGCUGCUUUGCUAGUGUUGUUCACACUUCUUACAUUCGCCACGAGGGAUGUCUCAUUUUCUUAGCUGACAUUCCUGUCGCGGUUGAUCCUGCGGGCCGCCGGUCAAUCACAACACAUCUGGCUCGUGCUGUAGGACCAGCUCCUUUGUCCGAGAAACCAACAGCUGUGUUCACUCCGAGAUGGAAAGAUCCAAAGUCGCACUUGCUUUCCAGCCCAGCUAUAGUGAUGCUGUAACAACUUUCGUCCCUGCCCUGCCUGUGCCUCAAAUUCCUGGAAGCGAUUUCCCCUUUAUACCACCACAUCGGAAAAGAGCCUGCAAGCAAGUGCUACCCAUGGGAUGUUUCCUCUCAGUAAACCCAAUGUUCAGCUGAGAGAUGAGCAUGGAUCAUCCGAAGUACCUCAGGAUGUCGAAUCAUGGAGCUGUGAACACAGCACUACCAAGCAUCGUGGAAGGCUCGUGGUGCAAGGCGGCUCUUGUGCAAACUCUUUUCUGCAAAGAUGUUGCGGUUGAAGCCAACCGUCCUGGCACUGACCGCCGCCGAGGUCAAGGAGCACGAGAGCCGUUGGCGACACCGACAGCGCCUGUCUGCGGAGAAGAUCACCGACGAGGCUCAGGGGCAACCCUCAGGGACCGGCAAGCAUCACGAGCCCAGGAUCCGGAUCUCGCCGCCGUCUCCAGGCCGGGGAUCACUCAACCACCCCAAGACCGACGACAUUACUGCCCAUAGGCACCGCGACCCGCUUGCUACACCGCCCGCCCAGUCCCUCCGCGGCCGCGGUGCAGUCGACGCGUUUGAGCCGUCGGGAGAGCCGGCCGUCGGGCUCGGUGACCCCGGCCCUGUUGACUUUUCAACACCACGCCGUCUGCGAAUCAGACGUCCGCAACGUGCAAGUCCGGUUUUGAUCGGUGGUGAACGCCGCGUGGGCCUGGAGGUAGAGGAGGGUCGACUGGAGCAGCCAACUGAGCCAUCGUACAGCCCCAGCUUUCCGGCUGCCAGAGAUACAGGCCAGAGUGCGUCCAGUGCCGCACCUCAAGGCCAGUCUCAUCCGGAAAUCUUGCUAUCGGAUCCAUCCGCAGAUACGGAGCUGUCCCUUCAAUCGUCAACCGCGAUACCCAGGUUUCCGCUUCCGGCUUCACGGGCUCAGGUGGCCGCAUCGACGGCAGCAGCUGACGCACCUAAAGUCCCAACUCCCGCUGAUAUCUCCGCACAGCCUACGUCAGCCGAUAUGCAUGGAGGACCAGCCACGCCGUCCAGAAGCUCGUCUCUGCAGGGUCAGGCUGACAAUUCACCGUCUAGUGUCUCUUCGAGCGAGAGUCGCACGAGGUCACUCAUGGCGACGGUCAGAUCCCUGCGGGCCCGGGUAACCUCAGCCAGCAAGCCACCCAGCAGAAUGAACGAGACGGGCACCCGCGGUCCGCCAUCGCCCACGCGACCUGGGAGACCCGGGAGACCUGCCGUUACCACCGCGGCUUCAUCGUCCUCGGUACCGCUGCAGCUGGAUGGAGCAAGUACCUUCCAUGUCUAUAAUGAUGCGCUCCCGGCGGCGAUCCAGCCACAGACCCCUCAGAACCUUCCCGAAGCGAGGCAUCGUGGUCGUCUCUUCGACAACACUAGCGCCAGCGGCGCCCAGACGGCCCCCGUGUGGCGCACAGGAAUCACGGUGACUGAUGCCUCGAGCAUUAGAGCGGCUGGCGCCGGCACCACGAGACGGCGCUACCCUCCGCGACGGGCACCCAGUCCGCCCGGGCUUGCGACGCCAGGGUUCAGAGGGCUGUACGGAGGGCUGGAGAACACGGAUGACGCCGCGCUCUUCGAUCGGGCUUCGAGACUCGCGGGGGAUCGCCGUCCAAGGGAUCCCAGCCCGGGCGACGAUGGUCCACCUUGA